CCCCAGCUGGGCUCCUGAGUCAGGGCCAGGGCUCCAGUGAGACUCGCGCGCUCUGGCUCUGCACGGGGGCCAUCCUGCAUGCCUAAUCGGCUAUUUAAGGAGCUGCACGCCAGCAAUCCAGGCACCUUCCCCUCCCCACUUACAUUCGGCCAGAGCCACCUUAAAAGCAGGAGGCAAUUGCGAAGUUGCUGGCCAGCAAGUGGAGUGGAGACUGCAGAGGGAGAUAAAGAGAGAGGCGGCAAGAGAUUUAUCCUGGGACCCAGAAAUCCUUGUCCUCUAGUCCCCAAAGUCCUGGAGCCCUGGUUCACCGCACCCUGUCCUCUUGGAUAUACCAUGUUGUUCUUCACCCUCCUGUUAGAGGUGAUUUGGACCCUGGCUGCAGAUGGGGGUCACCACUGGACAUAUGAAGGCCCACAUGGUCAGGACCACUGGCCAGUCUCUUACCCGGAGUGUGGAAGCAACGCCCAGUCCCCCAUUGACAUCCAGACAGAUAGUGUGACAUUUGACCCCACGUUACCUACUCUGCAACCCUAUGGAUAUGACCAGCCUGGCACUGAGCCUUUGGACCUGCACAAUAAUGGCCACACAGUUCAGCUCUCUCUGCCCCCUACUUUGUAUUUGGGUGGACUGCCCCGAAAAUAUGUAGCUGCACAGCUCCACCUGCACUGGGGUCAGAAAGGAUUGCCAGGGGGAUCAGAACACCAGAUCAACAGUGAAGCCACAGCUGCAGAGCUCCACAUCGUGCAUUAUGACUCUGAUUCCUUUGGCAGCUUGAGUGAGGCUGCCCAGAAGCCUCAAGGCCUGGCUGUCCUAGGUAUCCUAAUUGAGAUGGGUGAGACUGAGAAUCCAGCUUAUGAACACAUUCUGAGUCACUUGCAUGAAAUUAGACAUAAAGAUCAGAAGACGUCCGUGCCUCCCUUCAGGCUGGGAGAGCUGCUCCCCCCACAGCUAGAGCAGUUCUUCCGUUACAAUGGCUCGCUCACAACUCCCCCCUGCUACCAGAGUGUCCUCUGGACAGUCUUCCAUCGAAGGGCCCAGAUCUCAGUGGAGCAGCUGGAAAGGCUUCAGGAGACAUUAUUCUCCACAGAGGAAGAGUCCUCUGAGCCCCUCGUGCAGAACUACCGAGCUCCUCAGCCUCUUAAUCAACGAACAGUUUUUGCUUCGUUCACCCAAGUGGAAUCCUUGUAUACCACAGGUGAAAUGGUGAGCCUAGGUGUGGGAAUCUUGGUUGGCUGUCUCUGCCUUCUGCUGGCUGUUUAUUUCAUUGCUCGAAAGAUUCGGAAGAAGAGGUUGGGAAACAGGAAGAGUGUGGUCUUCACCUCGGCACGAGCUGCCGCGGAAGCAUAGACUCCCUCUCAGACACCGU